AUGUUGACUUUCAAUGCUCUACUCUCAGUUUUUCUUUACGCGAACGCCGCCCGCGCUGCUUCCUCCGGCUUCCGUGUCUCCACUUCUGCCGCAGGAUUGAGCGAUGUAAUCUCCACCAAAACCAAUAACAUUUACACAGUCAAUAUUACUCUCGGUGGUGAAUCCUUCGUUGUCCAACUCGACACCGGAUCAAGCGACCUCUGGUUGAACACCACCGGGCGCAACUUGCAGUUCACCAAUACAACCGAUCUCAACAUCACAGAGGGUUACGGGAUGGGCAGCGUAUCGGGAUGGCUUUCGUUUGCCGAUAUGACUAUCGGCGACUUCUCCGUUCCCAACCAAGCUUUCGUAAACGCCGUCGAGAUCAAGGACAUGCCUAUGACCAGUUUCGACGGUCUCCUCGGCAUGGCGUUCGACACUGCAAUCAUUUACCCUGUCGUGCAGAAAAACUGGGGCACGGAAGCGGCCGACGCUCUCGCGCGCUCGCCGAUCACCAACCUCUUUGCGCUCGACCCUACGACCCCCAACUUCUUCGAUGUGCAGCUCGCGCGGGUAGUGUCCCCCGAUUCUAACGACGUUGCCGAAGGUGUAUUCCUGAUCUCCCAACACGACGAUGCCUUCCAGAACAUCACUUCUGCUCCGAUGCUCCGAAGCCUUACUUCUCAGCACUGGAGUCUUGCCAUGGACAGCAUGACGGUCAAUGGCACGCCGUUCGCUUUCAACGCCUCGCGAGUACUUGGAGUUCCCACAGGGAAGGUCGCUGCAGUGCUCGACACUGGCUUCUCCCUCUCGCAAAUACCGAUUGCCGCCGCGAACGCGAUCUACGAGUCUAUCCCGGGCGCGGUUUACUCCGAACCCUUUUGGGCAGUGCCUUGUGACGCGGCGCCGACCGUGGUGUUCACUUUUAGCGGACAGGACAUCCCGGUGCACCCGCUCGACCUGACGUUGACCACCGUCUUCUCCACCCCCUCUGGAAACAUCACGGGAUGCUUAGGCUCAUUCCAAGGACUGACCCUCGACCCCACCGAGUUCGUCGGCUUCGACCUCAUCCUAGGGGACUCUUUCCUCCGCAACGUAUACGCCUCGUACAACUACGGCAACUACCAACCGAACACGACCUUUGACGGCCAGGGCCCCUUCGUCCAGCUCCUUCCCACCACCGACGGCUCCACGAUGCAAGCCGAGUUCGUCGCGAACCGCACCGCCGCCCUCGCGCUGCUCCCGCCCCUCGGCGACAUCGCGACGGUCUCGAAGCUCGCCUCCUCCGACCCCUCCAACACCACCACCACUACCACCACCGACGCCGCCUCAUCCACCUCCUCCCCCUCCAUCGCCGGCGCCUUCGAGAACUCCCCCUCGUCCUCGUCCGGGAGCACCGACAGCUGGGGCGCAAAGUACGGCACGAUCGCGCUCGCGCUCCUCGGCGCGAACCUCGCCGUCGGCGUCGCGCUGCUCGGCCUCACGCUCACGAUGUGCAUGCGCUCGCAGAGCCAGAGUGCGCCGGGCCGGUACGCGCCCGUCGGCGCGCGUCCGCUCAAGAUGCAGCAGGGCGACGAGGACUCGGAGCGGGCGCAGCUGCGGUACAGCGACUGA